AUGCCGCAAUCAAUCUUUCGUCCUCGCGGAUCACUAGACAAGACAACGAUGCUGUACGAACUAAUAGCCGUGGUCCGACCCGGCAACAUUGCGCACAUCAAAGAAAUCGCCACCAACACCGGCCGCACGAUCCUCAACUCCAAAGGCACGAUCCGCUCGCUCACGAACUGGGGCCAGUUCGACCUGCCGCGCCCAACCACCAAGCAUCAGACGCAGCACUACACGGGCCACUACUUCAUCCUGCAGUUCGAUAGCUCGGCGGCCGCGCAGCAGGAGGUCAAGCGCACGCUGGCGCUGGACCCGCGCAUGAUCCGCUUCAGCGUCGUCAAGAUGGCGGACAAGAUGGGCAAGCAGGCCGGUAUGGAGGGUAUUGAUGGCAACGACGGCGUGGUGCGCUGGGGUAAAGAGAGCUUGCUGGACUCGAGCUUGGGACUGAUGACGAGUCGGAGGGCGUUUGGGCAGGGGUUGCGGUGA